AUGGAUGCCCAUGCAGCUUUCCUCAUCCUCUUCAUCCUUCUCCUCCUCCUCCAUUCUCCGGCCACCUUCGCUGGAGAAGAACAACAAGAUGAAGCUAAAGCUCUUCUCCAAUUCAAGAACUCCCUCGCCAUCUCCUCCACCGUCCUCUCCUCAUGGAUAUCCAACACAAGCCCAUGCAAAACUCAACCAACUUGGUCCGGUGUCUUCUGCAUCAACGGCCUCGUUGCCGUUCUCCGUCUCGACAACAUGAACCUCACCGGAAAACUCAACCCCUCUCCACUUCUCAAUCUCCGAGGUCUUCGUGCUAUUUCUCUAAUCUCAAACUCACUUUCCGGCCCUCUUCCUGAUUCCUUCUCUUCAUUAACUUCUCUCCGAGCUUUAUACCUUCAAGGAAACCAAUUCUCCGGUCCAAUCCCACCGGACUUUUUCUCCAAAAUGACACGCCUUAAAAAACUCUGGUUAUCCAAAAACCAGUUCACCGGCGCCAUCCCCGGCUCCAUCUCUUAUGCAAAGAACUUGAUUGAACUCCGACUCGAAGGCAAUAAGCUCACCGGCCAAAUCCCUGACUUAAGCUCACUCAAACUCUUAAAAGGUUUAAACCUUUCAGAGAACAAUCUUGAAGGUGAAAUUCCUGCUAGUCUUAGUCAUUUCAGCGAGAGCUCUUUCGUCGGAAACCCGGGCUUGUGUGGUCCUCAGCUCAAGAACCAGCCAUGCAAACCGAAUAGCUCGGCGACAACAAACUCAUCGGUAGAAUUCAUUGAUGCUAAACAACAAAGCCAACCAGAAGAAAAGAAGAGCAAUGUGGGCAUAUUUGUGUUAAUGGUUAUACUUGCUUGUGCCGUUGGAUUUGCAUGCAUGUCAAUAAUUGCUCGUUCACGUACUAAAUCAGAUAGCUUUGAAACUCUUGGCCAUGAACAAAUGUUUUCGUCGAAAAGAUCAUCAUCGGCAACAAUGGCAACAACGGCAUUAGCAGCAGCACAGUCAUUACCCAUGAGGACAACGGAAAGGAGUGUAGGAGAGGGAGCGGUAGCUCAGAAAAGACAAGAGAAUGGGAAUGGUAAUGGUAAUAAUAACGGAACGGGACGGGGAACGGGGAAAGGGAAUGGAGGGGAGUUGGUGAUGGUGAAUGAAGGGAAAGGGAUAAUAAGGUUGGGGGACUUGAUGAAGGCAGCAGCGGAGGUGUUGGGGAAUGGAGGAUUGGGAUCAGCUUACAAGGCAGUGAUGGGGAAUGGGGUGGCAGUGGUGGUGAAGAGGAUGAGGGACAUGAAUAGGGUGGGAAGAGAAGGGUUUGAGGCAGAGAUGAGAAGGUUUGGAAGGAUGAAUCAUGGUAAUGUUUUGCCACCUUUGGCUUACCAUUAUAGGAAGGAUGAAAAGCUUGUUGUCUCUGAGUUUGUUCCUAAGGGUAGCUUGCUUUAUCUUCUCCAUGGAGAUAGAGGACAAGACCAUGCAGCAUUAAACUGGCCAAGACGUCUAAACAUAAUACUUGGCAUAGUACGUGGACUUGCUUAUAUCCAUGCAGAGCUUGUCACCACUGACAUCCCUCAUGGCAACCUCAAAUCAGGCAACGUUCUCAUUAAUUCCAAUUUUGACCCUCUCAUAGCUGACUAUGGCUACAUCACUCUCAUCAACCCUUCUCAAGCCUCUACAACCAUGUUUGCUUACAAAUCCCCUGAAGCCAUUGAACAACGCCACGUGUCACCUAAAUCUGAUAUCUAUUGCCUCGGAAUCAUAAUUCUUGAGAUCAUCACUGGCAAGUUUCCUUCACACUAUUUAAAUCAAACAAAAGGUGGUACUAAUUUGAUUGAGUGUGCUACUGUUGCUAUUUCUCAAAAUCAAGAAAUAGAUUUAUUAGAUCCUGCUUUAACAACUACUUCAACUUCAUCAAUCCCAGACAUGCAAAACUUUUUACGUAUUGGUUUAAGUUGUACUAAACCUAACCCUGAUCAAAGACCUGACAUUAAAGAAACAGUUAAGAGUGUUGAAGAUGCUGGGAUGAUUGCAAUAGAGAGAUUGAAAGUAAAGACUAGUACUCAUAAUCAACAAGAGGUUUUUCAGUUGCAAGAUGUUACUAGUGAAUUGAUAUCUAUUGAUACUGAUGAGAAAAAGAAUGCGGAGAAUGUAUCCUUAGCCAUAUUGUAA